CUUGAGUGGCGCAGUUGCUGAAAAGAGUCUUACUCCAAAGAGUCUCUUCUGUCCAGCAACUAGAGCUUUACGAUGCUGCAAAGCCUUACGAAGACGUGUUCGAGGGCCUAGGUCAAUUGGGGGGUACGGUUUACCACCUGAAGCUAAAGCCUGGUUCCCAGGGAGCGGUGAAACCAGCGCGGCGGAUUCCAAUAGCAUUGCAAAGCAAGGUGAAAGCAGAGCUGGACCGCAUGGAGGCAUCGGGAGUGAUCGCGCAAGUGACAGAGCCGACGGAGUGUGCCAGCAACAUGGUCAUCGUCACUAAAGGAGAGAAGGAAUCUGUCCGGUACCUAAGACACGUUCUGACACGUCACGGGCUGAGUUUGGAUCCACAGCGGCUAGAAGACAUCUUGCAAGUCCAGACGCCAAGCAACCAGGAGGAGCUGCAGACGUUCCUGGGCAUGGCUGCCGACACUGGUGGUUCAUCUGGCCUCGGCUGCUGCUGCUUCACCAUAGGGCCCGUCAACUCGACAGUGGCUUCCCGAAUGAGCAUUUUUGGGCCUCAAUAAGCUAAUGAUGUUUUAUAAUUGCUCACUUGUUCGCAUUACUUGCGUGAGCCAGAUAACCAAAAUAAACAAAGCAGCCACAUGAAUGUGCUUUGUCGUGCAGGCUGCUAACAGUGGCUGUCAAUUUCCCGUUGACUACUGCUUUUUCACAAUAGGGCUUGCAAGCUGGACAGUGGCUGCCUGAAUGAGAAUUUUGGGCCCCACAUAUUCAUUCAGAGUUAAUAAUUCUGUUUGCAUUCAGAUUUGCCAGCAUUUAAGCAUGUUUUCAUGCUAUUACUUAAAUUGAGCACGAUCUGUGCAGGACGUUGCUUUUUCUGAAUUGAGCUUCCAUUAAAAGGAAUAUUCC